UAUUAUGUCGCUUAAGAAUCAUUUUACAAAAACAUUUCGGUACAACAAUGCAUAAAAUGCAUGGGCGCAUACUAUUAUUUUUUGUAUCUAUCUCCCGGCGAGGAAAUGACUUCAUAGAGCGCCUUCUCGUUCAGGGCAAAGUGGAAGGCACCAGACCGCGUGGAAGGUUGCUCAUACGAUGGACUGACCAAGUCAAGUCAGCAGUUGGCGCCUGUUUGCAUGAGCGUACUAGACUCACCACAAACCAGUAUAAGUGGCGAUUGCUCGAGAGGCACAUAACAUAUAACCACAGCAAUGAUAAUCAAUGACAACCACGACCGCUCUGACCAGAGUGAUACGACAAAGGAACACAACAAAAAUAAAAUCAGCCCUAUCCAACUUUUCACGGAAUAUUUAAUUGGUUAUUUUCGAAAGAUAUGACGAAAGCUCAAAACUUGGACCAAUCAUAGGUACUAGUUAGGCACGCGUCACUCUCCGGAAGUAGAUGACGAACGAAGCGCGUGCUCUGACGACGACACCGCUCAAUGAGACGUACGGGGGCGCACUUAAAACAUUUUUAUUGUUACCAGUCGACGCUCAGAGGACAUUGUUACGGACCCUCAGUACAAGAAAUAAAUGCCUACGGCUUAGAUACGGGUAAACGAAUCUCUAUAUAUAGUCUCAGCCUAAGUAUUUUCUUCGCUUCUGGCAACUCUCGCUCUAUUGUAAACUUUGACAGAAAUAUUAAAUUGUCAUGUCUUUAAAUAUGUACGUUUCAUAAACUUGAUUUUUAUUUUAAACUUAUUACGGCAAUGAUUUAAAUUUCAUUUUCUUUUAAAUUCUGCAUUUUCUAAAUAAAAUUUAUCAAUGGCGAAUAAAGAUUAUUACGAACGAUGGCUCAAAAUGAAAGAAGCUAUAAACACGACAAUUCUCGAAGACGAAAGAGUACAAGAACUAGCCGCAGCAUUUAUUGGUAUAAAACCACAAGGCACAGCUGUUGAAAUUGUAGCCCGAGUUUACUGCAAAUAUUGCGACCUGUACAACAAACUUUGCGACUGCUAUGAUCAAAUGGAACAAGUUCAAAGGCGGCCUUACAUAAAGAAAAUAAUUGAUGCGUUAACGUGUCGUCUACUCGAAUUGAAGGCAACAUUAGAAGACGUCGAAUUGUUUGAGUUCACAUACCCUGAAAAUGCUUUACAACAAAUGUUAAUGAUACCUUCUGAUAUACAAAUACUUUGCCCUUUCUUCUACCCAUUCGAGACACGACAAGAAGAAAUGCAAUACAUAGUAGAUCAAAUUUUAGCUGGUAACAGAAUCGGUGAUCCAACACCGACUCCUUCAGAAAUUGAACGGAAAGAAGAGGCGCGCUUAGAAGAUGAAAGAAUAAAACAAGAAGAAAAAGAGGCAGAAAUUAAAAGAAAACUAGUUAUGGGAGAAGACAUAAUUGAACCAGAAAUUGUAAUUACGUUGUCACCAGAAGAUCAAGAAGAACUUAGACUUAAACAAGAAUAUGAAGCCCAUGUAUCAAAUAUACAAAGAAUGGAAAGAUCAAGAAUUACCACCAGAGAAAAUGCGCAUAAAGCAAAUAAAGAUGCCAAUUUGUAUUUAGAAUUAGCUGGUUUAAAACAACCACAAGCCAAGGAAGAACUAAGACUAAAGGCAGCACAUUUAAUACAAUCUGUAUACAGAAAAUUUAUGCACAUAAAAAGAGAUCAUGUAAUAGAAUACAAACUUAAACAAAAACUAGGAAUGAUUAUCCCAUCGUGGUCAACACCUUCACAUAAACUUCAAUUGGAGAAAGUCCGAGAAGAACGUAGAAAUUUUAGAAGACAAUAUUACGAAGAGUGGCUCCAGAAAAACCUUAAUGAAAAAACACGGGUCCUGAAAUUAAGAAAAGGUGAUAUAAUGGAAGAUAUUUCAGCCGAAGUCCGACAAUGGUUUCAGGAGUGGUAUAAUGAAGCGAGGCUAUUUGAUGAAUAUCCUUGGCCUGAAGAAGGUGGUUCGAUUUUAGUUGUCCAGGGAGAAACUUUCAGCGUCCCAGAAUAUAUGGAAUGGCGUAAAGAAGAAGAAAAAAGAUUAAAAGCCGCAGCCGGAAAUCCGAAGACAAAAGAACAAAUUAAAGCGGAAAAAAAGGCUGAGAAAGAAGAGAAGAAGAGAAUAGAAAUGGAUGCAAAGGAAAAAGAAAAGAAACGUCUAUUAGAUUAUAAAAAGUCUAGAUUAAAUCCAGAUAACGAUCCCGGUGUCUAUAUAACGCCGGGUCAAAAUAUAGAGCCGUUGAAAAGUGCCUGGGACUCUUACCAAAGUCAGUGGAAAAAUAUUGAGACCCCGGAUGCUCCUCGUGAAGUUACUAAAGGCUACAUAAUGCAACUCAUAACCGAAUCAGCCUAUCAGGAUGUUCAACUACAAUUAAGACCUAUCGUAGAUGAAAUGAUGAGAUUGGAACUAAACUUAUUAAAGAACUCGCUAAAACUAGAUUAUCAAGCCGCCGGGAUUAUUAAACCCCCUCAAACCAUGAAGAGAAAAAAGCCUAAAAAACAAAAGUCACCUAAACCCGAUAAAGUAAGUCCUGCAGCCAUGUUUCAGCAACUGGUCGAUGAAGGUAUAAUUAAAAAGUACCCUAAAGUAACGCUUGAUGAUUACUGGGGCGAUCAAAACUAUGCUGCUGCUGAUAUGAGAGCAACGCUUUGGACUCCAGCUUUUCCACCACAUAGCAUUGGUGACGUGAAAGAACAAGUGAGAGUACGUUGUUUGCUCACUCUCUGCUCUUCAUGUCCAAAUGCAGUGAGGACUCAGCUACUUGUGGGUCCUAAGUCUGCGGGUAAAAGAACAUUAAUUUAUGCAAUAGCAACCGAAACUAACUCCAUCUUGAUAGAUCUGUCGCCAUUAAAUGUAUACAACAAAUUCCCGGGACCAAAGAAUUUGAAGAUUAUGUAUAGCUUCGUAAACAGAAUUAGCAGAUUGAUGCAGCCGACCAUAAUAUUAAUUGAAAAUGCCGAAAAAAUGUUUUACAAGAAAGUACCGAAAGAAGAGAAGUCCUUCGAUCCUACUCGGCUACAACGAGACUUUGUUAAAGAAAUAGUAAAACCUAUAACUCCUGAAGACAAGAUCUUGAUUCUAGGUACAGCAGCGGAACCAUGGCUCGCGAAAGGAGCUCAGAUGUCCAAAGCCUUUCCAUCGCUGAUCAUGAUGCCGAGGAGUGAUUAUGGCAGCAUAUCAUUCAUUCUAACAAAAAUUCUCAUGAAAUAUCAUGGUGUCAAAAGAGAUUUUAAUGUACACAGUGUCGCACAAGCCUUAAGGGGCUAUGAUAUCAACAGCAUAAAGAAAGGAGUCGAAACCCUGUUGAAUGGUGAGCGUAUUGCUCAACUCUACCACAAGCCAUUACAACCUGACGAGAUUUUAAUUGCAGUACUGGAUACCGAAGGCGCAACCUAUACAGGUAAAGAGGAUUAUGCGUUAUACAAAAAUUGGUACGAGUCAUAUUCCCCUUGGGGCCAGAAAUAUUUGGACUACAUGAUCAUGAUUGAGUCGCAAUUGGCCUAUAAACUGAAAGCAGAGAAGAAAAAAGCCGGAUAGCACUUGCAAAUUUUCUAUGAAUGCAUUACAGAGAAUAUUUCUCCCUUUCUUUACUGAUAUCUUUUUUUCUGAAAAAAACUGGACUUCUCCAUGGUUUGGAACUACUUCACAAAAAAAAGAUAAAAAAUCGGUUAGCGACAGAAGAAAGUUAUAAUAAGUAAUCAACUGUUUUGUCUCAGUCUCUUUACAUAAAAAUUAUAAUAAUUUAUACUUUUAAUCGUUUAUAAGCUUGCACUGUAAUUGAUAAAAAUAGCUUUUUUUAUUGAAUUUUCCAAGAAUUCUUGUCAUUUUCAAUUUUCAGGGAUAAUUAAACAUUCCAUUAAAUAAAUUUACAUGCCCACCACAACAAUAUAGCUUUGUUGCUUUAGUAAAAUUCCGAUAGCUAUUGCUAAUUUUUUUACCUAUAGACAUGCAAAUAAAAUUUUCUAAAUAAUGGCAGCACCUACGCUACGGAAUUUGACGAAAUCGAAGUUGAAAGCUACCUACGCUUUGAACCCUCUACAUCGUUACUCAACUUUAAUGUUCUCUUAGUUCCGAAUAUUUGAUAUAGAUGGCAGUAUUGCAUGAUAAAUGUUAAUGUUGAUAUUAAUUGCGUAUAGAUGGCGGCACUCAAACAAACUAAAUUUUAGAUAAAUUCGCUUUUGUAAGAAUUGCAUUUUUCUUUUGUUAUCUGCAGAUAACUUACAAAAUUUUCCGAUCAGCGACAUACGUUUUCAUUACAGGCAUCAAAGGCCUACGGAAAUGCACCUGCUAAAUAUUAAUACAAUAAUAGACGUUAAAAAACAAUACCAACUAAUAUCAAACAUCUUUAAGUGUCU